CAAAAAAUCAGAAACAAAAAUUUUCUUACAAGGUUUUACAGAAAAUUUUCUCGUUCUUCAGCGAGAUUGAGCUUUCUUUUUUUAUGGAAGAAUCUCACGGCAUCAAUGGCGUCGAUGAUUCAUAUCGUCAUCUCCCGAUUCUCUACUUAACUUUUUUAUCGAUCUGGUCUCUCUCCGCUUGUUCCUGGACGGUUAACACUUUCAAAAAUCGUCACUUUCAGACAAAUAGUUUACAAUGGACUCUUGCUUCAGUUCCAUUAAUCAAAGCUUUACAGCUAACUCUAUCUUUCCUCUUUUGGCAUUCAUGUUUUCACCAUCAAAUAUGCUCUCUUUGGAUGUCUUUUGGUGUAUAUGUGACUGGUGUUCUGUUUCAGACAGCUUCAUUUGUGUCAUUUUUACUCAUCUCUCACGGUUAUUGCAUCACAUGUGAACGGCUCUCGCUGACCGAACGUAGAACUACAGCUUCACUUGGUUGUGUCUUUUACUUGACUCUAGUUGGAUACCGAGCUUCUGUUCCUUAUUUUGCAGUGCUUCUGAUUCUUAACUACAUGAUCUCAUUCUAUGUUAUUUUCCACCACAUAUCACAAAAUUUGUCGGUGUUACGAGAACAGCUGAGUUUCAUAGAGGAUGAGAAUGUUCAAGCUAUGCAUGAUGCUGUCUAUGCUAAGUACAUCAUGUUCAAAAAAUUCCAAGGAGCUAUGCAGAUUGUAGCCAUGGCUGAAACUGUGAUCUAUAUGAACAUGGAUAACUCCUCACAGAAUUAUUGGCUAAGGUUACUAAUUCGAGAAUGGGCUCAGUUCUGCAUUUUUCUCUACAUUGGUUGGACUUUCAGGUGUCAAGACAUGGCACCACGGUUCUCAGUAAUGCCUACACUAAAACCCAAAGAGAAUACAAUUAUUCCUCCGGUUUUUAGCAUGGAAAUGGACGCAAAAACUUUCAAGGAAUUCAGAAGUCGUGAAUGGAACAUUGGAGUGCCAACGCCGUGUUCAAACUACGAUAGGCAAAAAGAUUCAGUUCUGGUGAUAAUUCAGCAUCCACGAUAGCAUUCAGAGAAAAAGCAAUGAUACAAUGGUUUCUCUUUUCAUCUUCUUAUAUAGAGUAAAAGAUCAAGAAGGAAAAAAAAAAAAAAGUUUAUCUCAGAUUAACAAAAGGUGCUUCCUCAGCAACUGAUCCUCAC